AUGGAAAAAAAAGAAACACAGCUUUCUUGCACUCAUCGUGAAAGUGAGGAGUCAAACAAGGAUGAGAAGUUCUUGAAUAGUCUUGGAUACAAGGAACGACUCCACCGGACAUACAACUUGUUUGAGAAUUUUGCAAGCUCGUUUGCUGCUUGCGAUUGCAUGAGUAACAUUAGAGGUUCCUUUUACGUCGGUUUGAUGGCCGGUGGCCCUUCAGCAUACUGGAUUACUUAUGCAAUCUCUUUGCCGCUAAAUCUCAUCUCUGCUGCCGUGAUGUCUGAGACCUGUUCAGCACUUCCAGCUGCCGGUUCAAUUUAUCUCUGGGCCUCUGCUUCCGGCGGAAAACGGUUUGGCCGCCUAUUUGGGUUUAUCGUCGCCUGGUGGUCAACAACUGCUUGGACGUCUUUCGUGGCCGUAAAUUGUAAUUCAAUUACAAAGUUUAUUUUUGGAGAAGUCCCUGUUUUUGGUUCGUCCUUCAAUACCAGUAGUUCGAGUAUCAAGUUUCGCGCGGUUCAAUGGGCCAUCGCUGAAGGCUUACUUCUCGUUUCAAUACUGAUUAGUUAUAUCCCACCGCGAAUUUUCCGUCACAUAUUUCGACUUUCAGUGGCCGUGAUCUUGUUGGAUUUCUUUUUGAAUAUGAUUUGGCUUCCCAUCGCAGUUUCCUCAUCCUAUGGAUUCCGUGGCCGCGAAUUUAUGCUAUCUACAAACUAUGGUUUAGGAGAAGGUGUUUCACAUGGUUGGUCUUGGUGUCUAACCUUCUUCUGCACCGCCCGUGUUCUUGUUGGAUACGAUGCUGCUGGUCAUGUUGCUGAGGAGACGAAGGACGCCUCACAUAAUGCUGCACGUGGAAUGAUGUAUUCGACGUUGGUAAAUGGUUUGCUAAGCGCAGCUGUUAUUGUGAUGUUCCUCUUCUGUCUUCCUCCCACUCCACAUGUUUAUGAGCUACUGAAACUUAACCCGCAACAGCCUUUUGUCAGUUUCUAUGCCGAGAGCCUCGGAAAGCAUGCCCAUGUGUUCAUGAAUGUCGUUGGCAUGAUAGGCAUGCUCCUCGACACAACCAUGGCUAUUCUAGCUUCGAGCAGACUUGUGUUCGCUGUUGCACGAGAUGGCGUUCUGCCAUUUUCUGGGUUCCUCAAACGAGUGGAUCGGGAUGGACAGCCGAGAAAUGCUGUAACCUUUAUCUAUGUGGUCGCAGCUCUUCUUUUGUGCACCAUUUUGCCAAGCACGGUUGCCUUCACUUCACUCAUGUCGGCCGCCGCAGUACCAACAUUUACUGCGUAUGCCCUAAUUUGCUUUGGUCGCGUAUUUUUAUCUCGCAAAUGUAUGCCAAAAUCGGCAUGGUCAUUGGGCCGCUUUUCCCUUCCUUUCUUGGUUAUAUCAAUGUUUUGGAAUUUAUGGUCCUCUAUCAUUCUCUUAUCUCCUAAAGCAUUUCCGGUCACGGGAAAGAACUUCAAUUACGCCCCAGUAAUUCUUGGUUCAAUCACAGUGUUUGCCAUCAUAAGUUAUUUCGUUAUCCCCUCUGAAAAAUGGAACAGCUGUCGCAAUAUUUAUAGAAGCGACAACGACAGAGGUGUGAAGGAAGAAACCGUAAAGGAACCAGGGGAAGUGCUGAUUGUCGAGAAGACAUCAUCAUUGUCUUCGGCUUCUUUUUCCGCUUAA